AAUAAUGCAAACAAAGUGGAGUGGAGGAGCAGUGCACGUAGAUAUCUUUGAAAUAGAAAACGAUACACACUUGCAUAAUAAUACUAUCUUUGACUUUAGCUUAGCUUUUCAUAGUUGGUAUGCUAUAUAUUUUUGUGAAGGAAAUAAAAAAUAUCAGAGAAAGAAACUUAAUCAGUGUUGUGUUUUGUUAGUGUUAAUCAAUCAUAUUGAUAUUGGAAGAAGAAGAAAAAGAAGAUGGAGAGCACGCUUAAGUCGUUGAGAGAUGGAGAAUCUGUGCUGGACCUCAGCCCAAGAUCCACCGUCAGUGGCGGUGUUGAGGAUGUCUACGGUGAAGAUCGUGCCACCGAGGAUCAACUCGUCACCCCUUGGACUUUCUCAGUUGCCAGCGGGUACUCUUUGCUAAGGGAUCCACAGUACAACAAAGGACUUGCUUUCACUGAGAAAGAGAGAGAUGCACACUAUUUGCGUGGUCUCUUACCUCCCUCUUGUAGCACCCAGCAACUUCAGGAGAAGAAACUUAUGAACAAUAUCCGCCAAUAUGAAGUUCCCUUACAAAAGUACAUGGCCAUGAUGGACCUUCAGGAGAGGAAUGAAAGACUGUUUUACAAACUUCUUAUUGACAAUGUUGAGGAAUUGCUCCCAAUUGUAUAUACUCCAGUUGUUGGCGAGGCUUGCCAGAAAUAUGGCAGCAUAUUCAAGCGUCCACAAGGUCUAUACAUCAGUUUGAAAGAGAAGGGGAAAAUUCUAGAGGUUUUGAAAAACUGGCCUGAGAGGAGUAUUCAAGUUAUUGUUGUAACUGAUGGUGAGAGGAUUUUGGGACUUGGAGAUCUUGGAUGCCAGGGUAUGGGAAUUCCUGUUGGUAAAUUGGCUUUGUACACGGCACUAGGAGGAGUUCGUCCUUCAGCGUGUUUACCAGUUACAAUUGAUGUGGGGACAAAUAAUGAACAAUUACUGAAUGAUGAGUUUUACAUUGGCCUCAGACAAAAGAGGGCAACUGGGAAGGAAUAUUAUGAUCUUCUGCAUGAGUUCAUGGCUGCAGUGAAGCAAAACUACGGAGAAAAAGUUCUUGUGCAGUUUGAAGACUUUGCAAAUCACAACGCUUUCGAAUUGCUUGCAAAAUAUGGUACAACUAAUCUUGUUUUCAAUGACGAUAUACAGGGGACUGCCUCUGUUGUUCUAGCUGGAGUUGUAGCAGCCCUGAAGCUCAUUGGUGGUACCCUAGCUGAGCAUACAUUCCUCUUCCUUGGUGCUGGAGAAGCAGGAACUGGUAUAGCAGAGCUAAUUGCUCUUGAGAUGUCGAAGCAGACUAAGACACCUAUAGAAGAGACUCGCAAGAAGAUAUGGCUUGUAGACUCAAAGGGUUUAAUUGUUAGUUCACGCGCAAAUUCACUGCAACACUUCAAGAAGCCUUGGGCUCAUGAACAUGAGCCUGUCGGCACUCUCAUAGAUGCCGUUAAGGUAAUCAAGCCUACAGUUCUCAUUGGAUCAUCAGGAGUAGGGAAAACAUUUACAAAGGAAGUAAUUGAGGCUAUGACAUCAAACAAUGAAAAACCUCUCAUUUUGGCUCUUUCCAAUCCAACCUCACAGUCUGAGUGUACAGCUGAAGAGGCAUACACAUGGAGUGAGGGUCGUGCCAUUUUUGCUAGUGGGAGUCCAUUUGAUCCUGUUGAAUACAAUGGCAAAGUUUAUUAUUCUGGCCAGUCAAACAAUGCUUACAUUUUCCCAGGCUUUGGUUUGGGUUUAGUAAUGUCCGGAGCAAUCCGAGUACAUGAUGAUAUGCUUCUAGCCGCCUCGGAAUCCUUGGCCAAGCAAGUGACAGAGAAGGACUACGCAAAGGGUUUGACUUACCCACCUUUCUCUGAUAUCAGAAAAAUUUCAGCCAACAUAGCUGCAAAUGUUGCUGCAAAGGCAUAUGAACUAGGCUUGGCUACACAUCUUCCUCGUCCUGAGAAUCUUGUCAAGUAUGCUGAGAGUUGCAUGUAUACCCCUCUAUACCGCAACUAUAGGUGAAUAGGAGCAAUUUACAAUGGACUAGGCUUUUGAAUAUAAUAAGGAUGUUUUUUGUGUAUGGUGUCCUUUAAUGCUUGUGCAAGAAUAAACGAUUUUAUGUUUUUGCUUGAACCAAUGUUUUUUCCAAUAUGAUAUAUUCUUAUUUCAUCUCAAGUCAUGCUAAUGGCAAUGUUUGUUCGUUGACGACAAGAAUACGAGUUGCUUAAAGAAAUGAUUUGAGAAAACAUUACCAUUAUAGCUAC